UUUACUCUUCUCGCGAUUCUUAUUUAGCCCUUUUCCCUUCCUUUCUGUUCUAUUGUUUCGUCUUAUCCCCUCGUCUGCUGGCGAAGGAAAGAACGCGAUCGAGCUGAGGAAACGGCGAUUGAAGGCGGUGAAGAAGCCGUACUUUCCGGCGGCGUCUGAUUGAUGCAAAGAGCAAGGUCUGCGAUUCUCUUCGUAGAAGAUUGAACCAGUGGUUUUCGACUUUUAAAUUCAGAGGGCUGGAUAUUGCUUUAACAAUGGCGUCGGGAUCUGGCUUCAGGGUUCAAAGAAAAGAAGAAUGCGGAGUGAAGACGCCAGUCGGCUCUAUUCACGAAGGAGAAGAACAGAGAGAUGAAGUAGAUAAUUGUGACUGUGUGGAUCGGAUUAGUAAACUUCCGGAUGAAAUCCUCUUCAAAAUUAUUUCCUUCUUGGCCUUUCGUGAAGCCGUUAGGACUUCAAUCCUCUCAAAUAGAUGGGUAAAUGUUUGGAAAUCAGCUGAAUUGGUGUUGGACUUUGAUGCUUCAAAAGUGGUUCCUCUUUUCAAGAAAAAAUUCCCAAACAACAAUUACAGUGGUGAUGAGUUGCGUCGUUAUGUGAAUGAUUGGAUGAUUGGGGUUGUGCGUCAAUUGUGGACGAACGCCUCAAAAGUAACAAAGGUCAAGGCUGAGUUUUUCUUGGACAAGGGAUGCAAGUCUAAGGGAGAUUUGGAUACAUUGUUGGAGUUUGCUAUAUCAAAAAGAGUCUGCUCCCUAGAAUUGUGUUUGACUGGGGUGUAUCACCCCCGUGUCUAUGAUUUCUCCGAGGAAUGUUUCAAUCACAUGAAAACCCCAGCUGGAAUCUCCAAUAUCAAGCACCUCAAAUGCUUGCGGUUAAGUUAUGUCAAUGUGAGAGGUGAGAUUCUUGAACACUUUAUUGCUAAUUCUCCCUUACUCGAAGAGUUAUCCGUGGAAAAUUCAUCUCCAAUGCUAGUAAAACUCAUGAUUGUGGGCUCUACAUCAUCUCCACUUCCAUUGAAGCGACUGGAACUAAUGGAUUGCAACUCUCUAAAAUGGCUUGAGAUUGACAAUGCCCCUCACCUCACAAAUUUUGUAUAUCUUCUGUCUGCUCGGGAUCUCCAAUUGCAUGUGAAGAAUUGUGUCUCUCUUGUGGAUGUCACUAUUUAUCCAUCUCAGCUUGAUCUUGCUUUUCGGGACCUUUCCAGUUUCCUUGGUCAAUUGACAUCCCUUACACUAGGGGAGGCGUUUCUUAGGGUUGGUAUGUUGAGGUUGCGGGAUUUGGGUGCACUCACCAAUCUUAAGUUGCUAACUAUCAAGGAUCUUUUAACACGCAAACAGAAUAUCAUGGCGUUGUUUGGUUUAAUGAACCCUUUGCCUAAAUUGCACACUCUAAGGCUCCUGAUGCGGCCAUUUAAAGACAAUGGAAUGGAUUGGUUUCCAGAAGAAAUUGAGGUACCUAGGGCUGUCAAAGUUUAUCACGAGAGCACUAAGGUGGUGGAAAUUAUUGGAUUCCAAGGGUGUGAAAUUGAGUGCGAGCUUAUGGAGCAUGUGCUGGAAUUUUUCGUUGGGCUCGAGAAGAUAGUAGUUGAAGUUGAUCGAGGAUUAACCAAAUCUUAUAGUGAUGCUUAUGUGCGCUCGUGUCACCACCGUCGCAGCAUCCCUGGCUAUAAGGAUUGUAAGCAUCCUAGCUCCGCUGAUGGAGACAUGGUGAUCUGCAGAUAUUGUUUCCAUGUUUACUGUCAUGGCUGCCGUGACGAACUAGUCGAGAGAGCCGUAAGAGUUGCCUUGGAGUUUAAAUCAAGAGCAGCCCCAACAAUUGAAUUUGUUGUCAUCUAGCAGUACCAGUUUGUUUAUACAAAUGGCCUGUAAUUUGAAGCACCAAUUUCCUCACAGAAAUUGAAAUUUGAAACCCAGCAAGAGAAGAAGGGAAAUGAUUCCCAACGAUAUUGUAAACUAGUCACAGGCCCGUCAGUUGGUCGGAUUCAGUUGUCAAUUACGUAAAUAAUCGUAGUAAUUUGUAUUUGAGUUUCACAUUAGUAUAAGAAAUUCUAUGUUCUUCAAAUACUCUAAACAUUCGAAUCGAUUUGGAGAAUAAGAGAAUUCGAC